AUGCUUUUUUUGCUUAGGGGUCCAGGGGGUCCACCACAACCGGCCCAGCAAAGCAAGCGACUUCAACAGACUCAAGCUCAAGUGGAUGAGGUAGUUGAUAUUAUGAGAGUGAAUGUUGACAAAGUCCUAGAGAGGGAUCAGAAACUGGCUGAACUAGAUGACAGAGCAGAUGCACUGCAAGCAGGUGCCUCACAGUUUGAGGCCAGUGCUGGCAAGUUGAAGAGAAAAUUCUGGUGGAAAAAUAUGAAGAUGAUGCUUGUAAUGGGGGCUGUCGUGGCUGUGGUUGUGGUCAUAUUUGGAGGUGGUCAUUCUUUUUAUUUAUUUUUAUGGUUAUUCUUUUUACUAUUUAUUUAUUUAGUUAUUAUUAUUAUUAUUAUUUAUGUAAUAGCUUUUUUCAGUUGA